UCCGGUGCAACCGUGCAAGUUUUGUACACGUUUUAAUAUUGCUCCAGCGGUUUCACGUUUCGUGUCGCACGACUUAAAGAAUGCGUUACGUGGCUGCUUACAUGCUGGCAGUUUUGGGAGGCAAGACCUCGCCAAGCCAGAAUGAUAUUGAAAAAAUUCUGUCGUCAGUGGGAAUUGAAACCGAUGUUGAGAAAUUGAAGAAAGUCAUUAAUGAAUUGAAUGGCAAAUCGAUAGAUGAAUUGAUUUCCAAGGGUAGAGAGAAAUUAUCAUCCAUGCCAGUUGGUGGGGCAGUCCCUGCUGGUAGCCCUGCAACGCCUACUGGUGGCGCGGCAGCUCCAGCCGAAGAGAAGAAAGAGGAAAAGAAACCAGCUAAAGAAGAAUCUGAAUCCGAGGAUGACGAUAUGGGCUUUGGCUUAUUUGAUUAAAGACACUUCUCUUUUUUUAUUUUGUCAUCAGAGAACAGAACAUGCUGCAUUCUGCAGCAGUGGUAUGAACGAUUUCCAGUUCAACUUUUGUAGGCCUUAAGAAUGAAUAGUUGAUACUUCUGCU